AUGCGCCGCAUGCCACGGCGAACACGAGGCAUGGAAUGGCAGGUGCCUUACCAGGAUACGCGAGAAGGCCAAGAUCAAGACCGCCUACAACCAACGGCCAAGGUACAAUCAGCCCCGCAGCCGACCCUAGGACUGGAGGCCCAGUCCAGGCUAACCUCCAGGAUCACACGACCGACACUGGAACCAGGUCAAUCCCAGGAGAACCAACCGAGCCGGAGCAGGUCCCCGACGAAGAAGGUUCACAAGAGGCCUAACCCGACAGCUACACAGAAAUCAGAGCAGAAGAUCACGGUAGCUGCGGAGACUACGCGCUCGAAGCGCAUCAACGUCCGGUCGCGAAGAGCGGUCGAGGUACUCGACCUAAACGCACAGAUGGCAAACGACAGUACAGCGAUGAAGACCGUAGUUGAGGAUAGCGAAUGA